CUGCAAGACUAUUCUUUCACCCUUAUUAUCCUUGUGGAUUCUAUCCUUAUAUUGUAUCGAGUACCUCGUACUGCUCAUCGCCCUAUAUUCACCGUCAAUGGGUCGAACUGCCGUCAAUAUUUCACUAACUGUCUUGCGCUCUCCUGCCGUUUGCUCCCUGGUUGCGGCUUCCCAUGUGAUUGAAUCUCCCACUGCAAUCAUCUCCGACGCCUGCAGGCUGCCCUGGCUACUGGCGCAAGGUCCGUCCUGAACAAGGGCGGACGGUAAACACGCGGAGCGAGUCGAAGAUAUAUCAGUGAGGCUCCAAACAAUAGCCUUACGGACAACAGAAUUGCAACUCAACAGAAAUAAUCAGGAAAUAUGAGCAUUCGCCAUACUGAAAUAGCCAUGGACAAAUACCAAGAUGCGGAUAGGGGCAUUGGUUCGACUGCAGACAUUUCUACAAAGCUGGAAGAUGCGUUGAAUUCGCUCGCGCUUGGAAACAACGCCCCCGACAACGAGCCAGAAAUCACUCCUAUUCGCACAAAGAGCCCUCCGAUCACUCCCAGAAAGGCCACUUCGAACCAUCGAGGCCCAGACAGUCCUCUGGGUGGAAUAGAAACCCCACGAGGAAGACAAGAGAUCAAGGGAAGCACCAUCCUUUCUACAACCGCCGCCAAGAGGAAGAAAAAGAAGAACAAGACAAGAACCUCGGAAGCAUCACAGGCCCUCAGCACUGUAAGAGGCUUCACUCCUCUUGAUUCGGGCGCCGAGGAUUCGGAUGUCUCGGUGAACAGUCCUCGGGUUUUGUCACCCAUCCCACGGCUACCUGCGUUGGCUGGUGCCAGCCCCGGCCUGAGGCCACAGUCGCCCGGAAUCAGCAGUCUCAAAGCACAGCUUGACGCCUUGAAUUCAAGAAGCCAGAGCCGAUCUACAUCCUGUGCCCGUAAUAAUCAGGACUCCGAAGCAAACAGCAGCGCGGCCAGUGCGGCAUCGGAUACUCAAACCGACGAGACACCCGAAGAAAUUGUCAGUUACAAUGUCCAAAUCGACCAAGAUUUCAUCAGCCAGUCUCUGGCUGACACCGAGCCUGCGUCCGCAUCCCCCAUCGCCAUGGAUGCAGAUCAACGCGCCACAUCUCUGAUCGCACGCAAAAUGACUGCGGCGGACUUCACCCCCAUCCGAUGUUUGGGAGAUGGCGCAUUUGGAACAGUUCUCCUUGUGAGACAAAAUGCAACUGGACGCCUCUUCGCGCAGAAACAACUCACUAAGGCGUUCCUCAAGAUUCACAAGAAACGCAUCGAGUCGACCAGGUCAGAGCGUACCAUCCUCGAAUUGGUCAAUCGUCAUCCCUUCAUCGUCAACCUCUAUUACGCCUUCCAGGACCAUGAGAAGCUCUACCUGAUCCUCGAGUACGCUUCCGGUGGUGAACUCUUCCGUCACUUGGAGUUGGAGAAGUUCUUUAGCGAGGAUGUGGCAUCUUUCUACAUUGCUGAAAUUGUUCUGGCACUGGAUUACCUCCACAACACUGUCGGAGUCAUCUAUCGCGAUCUCAAACCAGAGAACUGCCUCUUGAAUGCCGAAGGUCAUCUUCUUCUCACCGACUUUGGCCUCAGCAAAGUAGCCGUCCCUGACCCAAGCACUCCGGGCGGCAGUCGAUGUAACAGCCUGGGUGUGGGGACUAUCGAAUACAUGGCGCCUGAGAUCAUCCGAGGCUGGGAUGAAUCCGAUUGGGGUCCGGGUUACGGCAAAGCUUGCGACUGGUGGUCGCUGGGUGCCAUGGCGUGUGAUUUGAUGACGGGGAAACCACCCUUUGGCGGUGGAAACUGGACCAAGAUUCAACAGAACAUCAUGCAUCAAAAAUUGAAUCUUCCUUACUUUCUGUCGCCGGAUGCCAAAGAUCUUCUCACCAGGCUCAUGCGCAAGGAACCCAAGAAGCGACUUGGAGUUGGCCCCAGCGAUAUCAACGUUAUCAAAAAGCAUCGCUUCUUCCGGAAGAUCGACUGGAAGAAAUUAGAGGCACGGGAAUUGGAACCACCCAUUAAACCAUUGGUCACCAACCCGGAAUUGGCUGAGAACUUUUCAAAGGAGUUUACUCUGCGAGAGGUAGAUGCCGUUCCUCUUCCACACAACAGGACAUUGAGCAAGUCUGAUCCCUUUGGAGGAUUCAGCUAUGUUGCAAGCCACAGUCUACUUGAGGAAUCGAUGCUGUCGGAGUUGGAUGAAGCCAUCGUCGAUGAUGAAUUUUAGACUGUUAGACGAGGGUUGAAUGGGGUUUGCUAUAGAGUAUGUGAUAGAGGCUCACUACUACUGCAGGUUAUCGCGGCGUUUCAACCGGGGUUUUAUUUAUAGAUGUUUUGAUUAAUUCAAGAACAUUCCGCAUGGGUUAUUGGGAGUACAAGCAUCCAUAGAUGAGAUCUAGAUUUUGCAUGGUUAAGGAC